AGCAACAUGGCGCGGCUACGAUUCCCAGGCCGUCCAGGAUAUAGAUUCGAUCGGUUAGGUGUCAGAUACGGUGCCGAUGAAGCUAGGAAUGUAAACGAUCCAAGUCUUGCAAUUGUUGCAUACAUUCACCAUGGAUUACGCCAAUUUAGAGAACUUUUCGGAGAAUCCGACGAGGAAGAAGACUUUGAUGGCUUUUCAGCAAAGAAUGUACAAUAUGGGGAAAAGAAGCUGGAGCGAACAACAUCAGAUCUUAUCAAAAAGUUGUUCAACUCGGACGAGGAGACUGAAAGAACUCCAGUACCCAGGGCCAAAACGAUGCGAUUUGGUCGUACACGAUCAAGUGUGGAUACCCCUCUUACCUCAGAACGAACUGGAGGCAGGAUAAAAGCAGUUGUGAGGAAGUCCUGCCAAGAAUUGGUGAAAGGGGGUCUGUCUAAGACAUCUAAGUCGCAUGUGACAGCAUCAGUGAAAGAAGUCAAACGCAUGAAGAUGCCAAAAGAGGGGCCGCCUAAGAAAAUAGUCCGAGGGAAGAGGUUUGUGAUAGGGCAAAGAAAAGAAAAUGUAAAGUUUAAGAAGCCAGCACUGACCGUAAAAUUAAAAAACUUUGAUCCGUCCAAGAGUCCCAAACCUCGAGGUCGUCCCCCAAGGGUGGAUAAACUAAAAACAGAAACUGUAAAUAAACAGGAGGAAAAAGUUCCUCGGAAAGUUGGGAGGCCUCGGAAAACAGGAAUUCCGGUGAAAGAAGUUAGAAAAAAAUUGCCUGUUAAGGUUGUGUGUGUUCCAAAAACAAAGCAGACAGAGAAGAAGAGGGCGAAACAGCUGUUGGAGAAGGCGAAGAAAGGCCGACCUGUGUUACAGAGCCGGAUUUCUCAACCAAUGAAACCUAAGUCUGAUCCAAACGUGGUCCAUAUACCAAAACCCAAAAAGGAGUUUGUGUUGCCAACUGUGAGUUCAAGGUCGUCUCGUGUCAUCAUUCCAAACAAACGUUUCAUUGAGGAAGAUGGGUAUUAUGGGAAAGUUUGGAAGAAACCGAAACUGGACAAAUCUCCCGAUGCUUCUCUUGUUUCACCCAAGGCUAAAGAAGAAGGGAGCACGAAGAAGACGAAGGUCACGCCUGGCAAUAAAGUGACGAAAACACCCGAUAAAGGCGUCACAAGUGAAGGGAAAGAUAAAACACCUACACGUAAAAAGAACUCUGACAAUUUUGCUAGUCCAGAUGUUGUGAUGAGUCCCAUUUUACAUCCCAAGGGAGGUAACUCUGUCUCACUCUUCUCCUCGGUCGUGGCAGGGAAGAUGAAGAAGGACAAGUCGUUGAUAGUGGAAGGAAAACGUCAGCGGAAACCAAGUCUUAAGAUGCGGAUGAGGAAGGGGGAGAUACCACGAGGGAUGCUGCUAGAUAUGGAUGAGUCUUCUUCCGCUAGUCAGGAGAGCUCUCAAGGAUCCUCAGAGAACUCGUCUAAAUCGGUAGAUCUGUUCCCCAAGUCUGUGAGCGCCUCCACUGGCGUGAGCGUGUUCAGACGGGCGGGGCCGAUGUCCCUGGGCAAGGGGGGUCAGGACACCCUGGCAGCUAAACGUAGCGGAGACAACAUCCUCCGGAAAGCUAAACUGCAGCUGAACAGAGUCGCAGUCAACCGGUCGAAAGCAGCUUUAGCCAGAUCUCUGAAGGCACAGAUGAAGAAGGAGGCUAAGCUCCAAAGGCAGCAGCUCCGAAAGAAAUCUUCAUUCUCCCCUCAGUCGCCAACGUCGCCCCUGGCACUGUCACCAAUAUCUGGUACCCGAGCUUUCAUUGAUGGACCUGGCAGUCCGCCACGCCCUCUGUUUGAUAAUAAUAAUCUACCUCUCUCUCCUGACAAUGAAAAAUCCGCUAAGGAGAAGAUAACUCCGGUCAAACGAGGUUCCCACAUAUCCCCCAAAGUCAUGUCAUCUCUCGCUGCCAAGCUGGCGACGUCUGCACAACAGGAAGUGGACGUCGUCAUGGAAGGGGAAGAACAACAGCCAGUGGAGGGGAGCACCGACAGCCGUGGAGGGGGUGGUAGCGGACCACGGAUCAAACAUGUGUGUCGGCGGGCCGCUAUGGUGUUGCGCAAGCCAGUGGCGAAGUUCCCGUCUCCACCGUCAUUGCGACUGAGUGCGCUGCCAAGUCUUGAGAAGGAGAAAAUGCUUGAAGAGAGCAAGGCACAAAGAGAACGAGAGUCAUCGGACGACGAGCGCCCAAUGGAGGAGAUUAUCCGUAACGCUGCCACCCAGGAGUCCCACGUCAUCAAGAAGUCGCCAGUCAAGUCACAUGCAGCCACGUACCCUUUCACCAAGACGGGGCGCCGUCGGAAAGUCCGAUGCCGCCAGUGUAAGGGUUGCAUGGCAGAGGAUUGUGGAAAAUGUAUUUACUGCCUAGACAAACCCAAGUUUGGAGGGCGGUCCGUGAUGAAACAGGCUUGUGUCGAAAGGAAAUGCUCAAACCCGAAAUAUGCAAAAGUUGCAACGACAUUCGUGUUAAAAAAUAUUAAGUCACGUGAUCGCGAGCCCGAUGAUGAUUCCCACACAGACGGUGACGGUCGACACUCCUUCUCCUCAAAGUCUUCCCACAAUUCAACAGGAGGAAACAAUGGUGGACGUCGUCUCCCAAUGGUGCAGGACGGCGAUGGCCGGUCGUCCAAUAGCUCCAACACGCCCCCAAUGUCUAACGCCUCUCUUCAUGACGGAAAAAAAGCGUCACUGUUGUCACAAGCAAGGCGAAUUGCCAGGGCCAAAGAGAAGGCAGUGACAUCCUUGAAGACACCUGGUGCUUCGCUCAAACCGAUCUCAACUGGCUCCAGACGCUGGAUGACUUCUUCAGCAGACGCUCAUCUUCUCAUGGCCGACUUCAGGGAGAGCUGUCAGGUGGAGUUGGCAUGGCAACAGGGAAUGGCACUGACAAUGUUGGCACCAGCAUGUGUCAGGACGGUCUGCUACCUGUGUGGCAGUGCAGGCAAACACGAGCUUAUCUACUGCACGGCGUGUUGCGAACCAUUCCACCUGUUCUGCCUGGACUACGAGGAGCGGCCGGAGGAGGAGAAUAUGGAAAACUGGUGCUGUCGGCGCUGUCAGUUCUGUAACGUCUGCGGCCAUCAGAACCAUCUCCUUCGAUGUGACCGUUGUCAGUCAACAUAUCAUCCAGAAUGUCUUGGUCCAAGCUACCCAACUCGGCCGUCGAAGAAGAACAUCUGGGUGUGUACAAAGUGUGUGCGGUGUAAGAGCUGUGGUGCCACCACCCCCGGCACUGGCACCAAUGCCACCUGGACCUACGAUUUCUCACUCUGCUACGAGUGCGGAAAACUCAUGGAUAAGGGCAACUUCUGCCCGAUCUGUCACAAGUGCUACUCAGACGACGACUGGGAGUCCAAGAUGAUCCAGUGUGUCAAGUGUGAAAGCUGGGUGCAUGCUCGGUGUGAGCAGUUGUCAGAUGAGAUGUACCAGCUGCUGUCGUGUCUGCCGGAAGAUGUGCACUACACAUGCCGGAUCUGUGAGAAACAGCGUCCCGCACCGUGGGAAAAUCUCCUGAGAGCAGAGUUUGUGGCCAGCCUCAAGACCGUCCUGUUAAACCUGCUCAGUAUGAAGUGUGCACAGCAUCUGCUCAAGCGUGACGAGAAGAAGGAGAGAAAGUCUGCUGAGAAAAGAAAGUCUAGUCCAAAAGGCAAGGGCUCUCCUGGAAAGUCUGUAACUCCUGUUGCCAUGGCAACGCCCUCAUCCACAUCCGAAGUGCUAUCGUCCCCACAAAACUUACAUGUGUUAUCCACUCCCCAGUCAGACUCAGAAAUACAGGCACAAGGCGCAACCCUUGCUCAAACAGACGAUGUAUUGGAACAAACGAACACUGUUGCCAUGGAAACUGAUAUUAACGUUGUGCCUGGAAGUUUGUCCGAAAAUCCCGUGAACACAAUCUGUGAUAGUGCUGUUAACUGUGAAAAAGAGACAGAAGAGAAAAUCUCCAUAGAAACGGAGAGGAAUAUUUUCCGAAUAAUUGAUGAAUGUUUGUUGAGUGACAAAGAAACAGCAGCAUUGUGUAGUGAUGCAACUAAGUUAGAUAGCCAGGAAACAAGUGACUCUGUGAAACCUGUUGCCAGGGAUACAGUUUCCAUGGAAACCGAUAGUUGUGAAAAGAGUGAUUCAAGGAAGGAGGAUGUCGUUAGUGGAAAGUUUGAAAAAUUAAUAUCGGAAUUACCAGCAAAUGACAUAAUGGGCACAGACGAUGACCAGGAAUUGUUGUCGUACCUAAAGAGUUACGGAGAAAGUCCUGAAAGAGACACUGGUUCUAAAAACGACCAUAGUUCUCAGGAUCAACCAGAAUCAUCUCUUGUUCUUCCAUCUGUCCCAGGACCCGUUCUCGACAAGACUAACAGUCUUGCAGAAACGGAGGGCAACAUAUCAGGGGAGACAACCCUCAGUGCCAGCACGCCACCAAUGUUUGUGGAUACACCCGACUCGAGCAUGUCAAUGGCCGUGCAGGUAGACUCAGUAGAGAAGCUGGCAGAUGAACAGAAGUCGUCAGAUCUGGAGUCUCCUGCCAGCAUGCAAACACUAAACAAUCAGACGCCCACCAAGUCUGCGUCUGGUAGUGUAACCAUCACAAGCCGGGAGUCGUCCGUGGGGAAGAAGAAGUACUGUGACAGCAGAGAUUUCCCGACCGACUUUGAAGCCGUGCGCGACAAAUUGGAGACUAACCUGUACCAUAGUGUGGAGGAGUUCAGCGAGGACAUGGUGCACAUCAUCCAAACGGCACUCAACAACCCUGAGGAGCAGACGCACACCCGCAGAAAGGUCAACAACUCUGUCAGAUCCGUCUUUGUCAAGCAAAUGGAGAAAUGCUUCCCUUGGUUCAACAUCAACACCUGCAAACUGUGGGAGCACAACAAGAGUCUGCCAGACGGGAUGUUGCCGGAUGCAGUGCUGCCACCUAGUGGUGACCACACGUACGCACAAUGGCUGGAGAGGGAGGACCCACCGCUGUCGCCGCAACCGUCGCCAUUCAAGAGAAUACAGUGCAGCCCUAUCAAGAAGAUGGUGCCCAUGUCCUCUAUAGACGGUGACAGUGAGACCAGCUCGGUGGUGGCGAUGUCAGACUACGGAGGUGACGAUCUCAGACAGUGCCUGUUGUGUUCAUCUUUCGGAGAUGAUUUACCUAAUGAAGCAGGCCGUCUGCUGUACGUGGGUCAGGAUGACUGGGUUCAUGUCAACUGUGCGUUGUGGUCCGCUGAGGUAUUUGAGGAGGCAGACGGCAUGCUCCAGAAUGUCCACAUCGCUGUUGGCCGAGGACGACAGAUGCGUUGCGACUACUGCAGUAGGUCUGGUGCCACAGUGGGCUGCUGUAACCGAGGAUGUUCUGCCAACUACCACUUCAAGUGUGCCAAGGCCGACCACUGUCUGUUCCAGGAGGACAAGAAGGUCUACUGCAAGUACCACACCACACAGGUGGACGGACAGCUGGUGGAGGAAGAUGGGUUCCGGGUGCUGAGGCGGGUGUGUAUUGACACCAAGGGCCGCUACCAGAAGAAGACGUGGAACAAGGGCGUCACCCCCUCCACCCUCAACAUCCUCAUCGGUUCAUGUACCAUUGAGAGUCUAGGGUACCUGGGGCCGCUGUCGGACGUCAAGGGUUGCCUCCUCCCAAUAGACUUCAUAUGUACGCGAGUGUAUUGGAGUACCCAGGAUGCUCGGCGGCGAUGUGUGUACACAUGUCGGAUUGUUGAGAUGAGACCCAACCCUGCCAGCCCCGAGGUGAAGAUCAGCGACAUGAGGAUCAUCCAUGAUGAGACCCAUCCUGACUUUGUCCCCAUGGAUCAGCUCUCUCCAGAUGCUCUGGGUCUGCUGCACAUGCUCAGCCCCACUUCCAACACCAACGUUUCCAUCAUGUCAGAGACCUCUGUUGCCAAGGUAACAGCAAGGGACCUGGCCUCCACAUCCGUCGUACGCCCAUGCAGCAGGAUCUACAUGGCCUCGCACAGUAGGAGCGUAUCUGUCUCCCCAAGCCAGCCUUCAUCUUCUCAUCUUCCCAGUCAACAGAAAGAACCGGUGUCGGAACCGCAGCCGAAGUUUGAUCUGAACUUACUUUCACCCAAUACAUUAAAAUACCUCAGUAAAGCUGACAUGGAGAAAUACAUGGCAAGUCAGCCCGAAACAGCCUCCACAGAAACCAAAAUGAGGCUGCUUGGAAGUCGGGUAAGAGAGCUGACAGUGCAGACCGGACAUUUAGAGCAACAUCCCCUCCAACGAUGGCUAGAACCAAACGUUCCUCUUCAUGUGAUAUUCAGCCGUACACAAAAAGAUGGCCCCAAACCAUCUCAGACGAUCUCCACGUCUCCAGCACCAAGGCCAGCUUCUGUAGCUUCCAUGCCAAUACGGGUCAAGGUCAAAUCUGGUUAUAGUUUAGGAGCUGAUCAACCAAUCAGAAUAUCUGUUACUUCCCAUAAGACACCUCCCAUUGUAGAUCUCACUCAUGAGCCCUCUGAUGUGAUCGUUCUUGAGGAUGACGAAAACAAGGAGGUAGGAUCGACUCCAGAUGUUCCUGAUGGGGCAGAACGGGAUGGCCUUGAAACUGGACCAAGUGACCUUGAAAAUGACCCUCUACUUCUGUCUCCAGAGCAAGAGAUUGCACAGCAGGUUCUUGACAGCGUUCCGCCAGAGAUUCUGGAGAGCAACAAUGGGCAGACAGUUGUCAUCAUGACGGACAACCCUGACAUCUCGGAGGAGGAGGCACUGCUCCUGGCUCAAGCUGCCCUCGAUGAGGAUGCAGGUGUUGUUCAGGAUGAGGACAUUCUAGGUGAAGAGGAACAGAAGGAGGGUAAAGAAAAAGAUGGCAAAGAUGAAGGAGAGAUGGAAGUAGAUGAUCAGAGGGAGGAAGAACCAAUCAGGGCUGAGGAUGCUGCUGUUGGCGAACAGGUGAAUGAGGAUGUAACCAUGCAUACCACUUGUGAGUCUGAAAAAGAAGGCCAAGAAAGUAAGCCUUUGGAGACAAUGGAAAUGGAAGACGAUAAGCAAAAAAUUGUUGAUGCAGAAACAAAAGAAAGGGAUGAUGAAGAGAGAAUAAUAGAGCUUGACGCAUCUGAUGUACUUUCUGAUUCAGAAACAACAGAAGGGAUGCCUUCUACAGAAGUUACAUCUAAACCUGAUGUCACACAAGUUAUUCCUCCACCAAAUCUUAAUGAAACUCCUGCUGCAUCUGUCAAGGAUAAUAUGACAAAUGUUUCAAAUGUUCCUGACAAAGGAGUUCCUGAUUCUUCUACCCAAAAUCUGGUUUUGAAUCCUGUUGAACCACUUAUGAAUACUUCUGAGAACCUUGAAAGUUCUGUAACGGCUUUUUCCAUGAGUCCUGAGAAUCCUGAAACUUGUCCUGAGAAUCCUGAAACUCAUCCUUCUCAGCCUCUUGAGGGAAGUCCUUCAGGGAACCUGGAGGCCAGAUCUUCUGAGAUACUUGAGUCAAGCCUUCCUGAGAAUCUUCAGGCAAGUCCAUCAAAGAAUUUUGAGGCAAGUGCUUCUGGGAACCUUGAGACAACUCCUUCGGGAAAUUCUGCAAAGUGUCCAUCUGGGAACCUUGAGACAAGUCAAUCAAAGAACCUUGAGGAAAGCCCUUUGAAGAAUCUUGAUGCAAGUGUUUCAAAGAACCUUGAGGAAAGCCCUUUGAAGAAUCUUGAAGCAAGUCCUUCAAAGAAUCAUGACACUGGUCAGACAAAGGUUCCUGGGGCAAGUCCUUCCAGAAAUCCUGCCAGGAGUCCGACAGGGAGUCCACCAACCCCUGGACACAAGAGGGAAGCAACUGGUGUCAUUGAUAGGAAGAUAGUUGAGCACCAUGAAGAACGUGUCCCCAUCUACAAACGGGGACUGCUGAUUGGCUGGAAAAUCAACCUGGAUGAUGUGAUGGAGGACAAGAAGGAUGUCAAGGAGGAGAUCAAGGAGGAGGUGGAGGACAUUGUGGAAGUUCCUCAUCCAAGGUUGUCAGUGUGUCCAGAAACAUCACAUCUUGCUGACAUGGAAGAAGAGACAUCUUCAGGUAUGAAGUUACCUGUGACAAUGACCACACCUGAGCGAGUUAAACGAGUUGCUGCUGACAAUGAUCAAGUUGCCAAGCCAGUUGAACAGGACUGCGGUGUCCUUGAUGGUGAUGACGUAGGAUCCCAGUAUCAAGAGAAAGGUGGUGUGAGAGUUGAGGAUUGUGCAGGGCAGUUCACAGAAUCCGGACUUCUGGCGCAUGAAGUGGCUGGUGAUAAGAUGGACAUAAGUGUUGAAGAUGUGAAGGUCGAACAGGAGUGGGAUGCCGAGUCGGAAGACAGGAAUGUGGAUGCUGAGGACAGUUCUGAGGAGUUCACUGUCAAGUUGGAGAUGAACAAAAUGACCAGAAAUGUUUCUGAGAUUCCAGAUGAUGCAUGUAACGAAGACAAGACCGAAGUUCACAAUAGGACAUCUGUGAAGAAGGGCUGUGGCCCCCUGAAGACUUACCCAUUGAGACGCACAAGUCAAAGACUGGGCGAUGGUGGAGACUCAGGUAGACAAACUGCUGAACCCGUGUCAGAAGAACUGCCACUUCAUGACAAGAUUGCACGCAAAAUUAAAGCUGAGAGCCUGGCAAAAAGCAGUCCAGGUGUGAAAGGACCGUUUAAGUGUCUCACGUGCAAGAGGUUGUAUCGAACAAAGGAAAGCUUCAACACUCAUGUCCAGAACUGUGACUUUGAGGUGAGCACAAGUGAAGAGGAGGAAGAUGAUAACCGACUACGAGAGGAUGAGGAACCCAAGACGAGGUAUCCUGUCCGGUCCAGGUACAGAUCUGUAGACAGCCAGGAUUGUAUUGUCAAGCUGACUGACAUCAGUAAAGCAAGUGAAUUUUCUAAGUACAACAAGACUGAUAAAGAUGAUACGACUCCUGUGAAGAGAAGACCAGGAAGGCCACCCAAAAAUAAAACUGUUCCAGUGAAGGAGAAAUUACCCGAUGUUGUGGACUUGUGUGAAAGUGGGGAAGAAUCCAAGCAGGAUGAACCUGUCCGACGUGGUAGAUCAUCAAAACGUUUGUUAAGUCCACCUGAUGCCUCCGAAUCAAAGAAAGUUGUCUCCCCUGAAAGUCAAGAACCUCCACAGAAACGAGGUCGUGGACGGCGUUCUAGGCGAAGCGAUCCACUUUCUCCAAACAAGAAAGGUGAAUCAGAGAACGAGAUGGACAACCAACUGUCUCCUGAAUCCAGGAAAGCAAAUACGGAACUUUCUCCAACUCAUGUGACUCCUAAAAGGGGCCGAGGCAGACCCAAGAAGCAAAGCACAUCCAUGGAGAAUAUGGAAGUGGGCGAAGACGUUGGGAUCAAGACUCCAACAAAUAUCAGACUGCAGAAGGACGAGAGCUUGAGUCCUGAGUUCCGAUUGUGUGAGGUCACUGGAAUGUUAAAGAACAAGAAAGGAGAUCUAAUUGACAUACCGAUUCCUUCACCAUGCAAAACAGACCAGUUGGGUACACACACAAGUGAUGAAGUAGGUACUUUAGAUCAGAAGCUGAUAGAAACUGCAAACUCUGUUGAAAAUUCUUCAGAAUCUGUCCCGAAAUGUUCAGAUCCAAAAUCUAUUUCUUGUGAUGAAUUUCCUCGGGUCCAGAAGACGGUAUUUAACAGCAAAGCUGCUGAUGAACUGCUGCCAGUAUCUCCACAUGAUGUGAUAACAGACAUUGACAUUGAGGACCCCUUGGACAGUGCCUGUGUAACUGAUGAGGUGAGGAGCAUUCCUGCUGUCUGCCCUGAAGGCACGUCUGCAGAAGCGGUGUCCUCAGUGUUGAAGAGAGAUGUGUCCAAGGUGGUGGAGAUACUGGAGGGUAAAAUACUCCCGAAACCUGCAGAGAUCAGGGUUAACUCUCAGGCUUUAGACCAUGCCACACACAUCAAUAAGGUAGAGGCCAAGCAGUAUGUGAAGAAGGCAGACGACAAGAAUGUGAAAAAGGCAGACGUGUCAAAUGUGAAGAGUGUAGAGCAAGGAUCUCGAAGUAUCCCCCACGGGGAGUUCGAGGUUGAUCUUAGACGCAGGAAGAGUAGGGACGAAGGUUCUUCAGAACAGUGUGCCCACUUCAUGGACAAGGAAAAAAGUACGAAACAGGUUCAGUAUUACAUGGUUUAUCCUCCAAAUGCAAAGAACAUUCCUGAAAAAGACAUGUCUGCCCAAACUGACACAGAGGGAAGAUCAGAUUCGGGGCCUCACCCUGCAGAUAAGCGAUGCGAGGUAUCCAAGGAUACAUGCAAACCAAGAACACAUAACACCAAGCACAAGAAUCAUGUUAAGGUCAGUAAGUCUAUUGAGCCAGCUACCCAACAUGUCUCAAAAUGUAUGCCUUCAACAAUCACUAAUCUUUUGAAUCCGAUGGGAAGAUCUGCAGCUCACCCAAGUAUUCCUCAACCGCUUACCAUCCCUCCACCAGGGGGAGACAACUCUAACAUCAUUGGACGCACAUCAGCUCAACAGCGGAAUAUUUUUGAAGCUUUCCAACCUCAGCCGAAUGUGAAUAUCAUUGGGAGUCCACCUCUCGCUGGAGUCCACACAUCAAAUGUACUGGAGAAUGCUGUAGUUCAGAUGAGCCAUUCCAGAAUGUUACAGACAACGUCGCAAGCAGUACACCCUCAGAUACCUCAGCCUUUAACCAUCAACACCAGCCCCCAGCAGUCAAUCAACACGUUCUCACUGGAUCAGGGUCCGAACAUCAUCCCCAACAUUCCAGGACUCCUCCAAAGAACUACACUACCCAGCAUCAUCAACCAGAUGAACCAACCCAGCAUCAUUCACACCAAUCAGACCAACAUCCUCGGAACUAGCCUUUCAGCCAGUCCUGCAACUCUGCUGCAGUCAAACCCAACCUUGGGACUACUUGCUCAACAACAGAGCCCUUCAAAUGUCAUUGUUCCUCCGAGCCAGCAGGUCCUGCCUCCAAAUCUCAUCUCGCAGCUAGGGAACCUCCUUCCCAGUCAGUUGACUCCACAGCAGGCCAGCGUUGUGUCCCGCCUCAACCUCCAACAGCAGCAUCAGGGAGGGAUUGAGUACAUGGGCAGCUUCUUGUUGGACCCCAAGACUCCUCCCCAGCCAUACGUAUCGGUAUCCCAGGCGUCGCCCGUCUUGACUCCCUCACUCACUCCACAGCAGACGCAGCAAAUCAUGAACCUGGUUUCUGGAUCUGUCUUGAACAAGGGGCCCAUUGUGAACCAAAAUGUCGUGCAGUCUACUGGAGUGCUUCACCAGCCAUUCCCUGGCCCCUCCCAUAUCUCUCCACCUCCCAACCCUGUAAUCAAUGUGGUCCACUCCAGGGCGGACACCAUCCUCCAUAGCAACCUCAUCAGACAUCUGCCCGACGGGUGCAAGACGGUUGUAUGUAGUCAUUCUGAAGCUUUGUCCAUGUUGAAAAAGAUCCUUCCGUCAAACAAGCAGACUGUCAACCCUGCCAUCACGACCUCUCCAGGAAGCACAAAGGUCACAGUGAGCUCACCAAACCUCCGGAACAUCCUGAACGACAGUCCAAUCAAGAGUGGGUCUGUCUGCUCAGCGUCCCUCCAAGAAUCCACUGUUCGACCUCACCAUAUUGUCCACAAGCCUAGCGUUGGGGUCCACAAACCAGGCUCUGCUGUCAACAGCCGACUGACGGUUCUCAAGAAAAUCCUCAAACCAACCAUCCUCCAUCGAAAGAAGGCAGCAAGUAGCAUUACCCUGACGGCAGUCAAGCAUCACCUUGGUCUCAGUCCUGAAAAAAACGGUAUUAUUCAAGGACAGAUCUCAAAAAACAUUUGCAACUCUCUCGAAGAUCACAUGCAGCAAGAAACGUCACCCUCGGCAAGCACAACACCAACAUCCCACAUCGAUGCAGGCCAUACAUACACAAAGGCUCCAACUCACAUCAAACAUUUGUCCGUGUCAGGAGGCGAACAUGUCCCAAACUUCUCAUCCAAAAUGGUGAAGAACCGACUAGGGGCCAAGGUCAAGAAGUCUGCCAUCAAGGUUGGAAAGAUCUACAAGAAGAACAUGGCAGGUGUCAAAGUAGGGGUGAAGGCCAUUGGAGCCAAGAAACGGAAAAGCCCACAGCGCCCCAGAAACAUCCAUGAAAAAUACAAACCAGCGAGUGCCAUAAGCCAUCCCAUGAUUCACCACCAGAAGGAAGUGAUGUCACUGCCUCAGCCAGAGAUGGAGGAGGAGGUGCGCGAAACUCCCAUGAUGCCGUUCUUUGACAUCACCAAUCAUCGACGGAGAUCAGAAGCCAAGCCCAAGGACGAGCCUCGACUCAUGUUUGAGAUUACAAGCGAUGAUGGUUUCCAGUGUUCUGGCGAGACAAUGGAGGAUGCAUGGCGGCAGGUGACGGAGAAAGUACAGGAUGCCCGAGCUGCUGCCAGGUUGAAGGCGUUGUCGUACGCUGGUAUGAACAGUGCCAGCAUGUUCGGUGUCAACAACAGCACGGUGGUGUACCUGGUGGAACAGUUGUUCGGGGCACAGCACUGCCACAAGUACAACUUCCAUUUCUUCCAGCACGAGGUGGAGCAGCAGGAGGAGGAACCUGCGGAGAACCCCAGUGGGUGUGUGCGAGGCGAGCCGUUCAUGUCCCGUAAGCCGUACGACAUGUUCAGCUUCCUCAUGUCCCGGUAUCGAAGCAAGCCCAUGUCGGACGCGGGCCAACAGAACGUCGAGAUGAUUCACAAGUCGGCCAGACGAGCCACCAGCAUGGACCUGCCGAUGGCGAUGAGAUUCCGCAAGCUGCAGGAGCAUGCGAAGGAGGCUGUUGGAGUGUACAGGUCCCACAUUCAUGGCCGAGGGCUUUUCUGCAAGCGCAACAUCGACAGUGGUGAGAUGGUAAUCGAAUAUGCAGGGGAGGUAAUUCGUUCUUCCCUCACAGACAAGCGAGAGAAAUAUUACGAGAGCAAGGGUAUCGGAUGCUACAUGUUCCGUAUCGACGACUUUGAGGUGGUAGACGCCACCAUGCACGGCAGCGCUGCCAGAUUUAUCAACCAUUCCUGUGAGCCCAACUGCUAUUCCAGGGUGAUCAACGUGGACGGGAAGAAGCAUAUCGUCAUCUUUGCCAUGAGACCAAUCAGCAAGGGCGAGGAGCUGACUUACGACUACAAGUUCCCCAUUGAGGAGGUGAAGAUUCCGUGCUCCUGUGGCUCAAAGAAGUGUCGCAAGUACCUCAACUAAUCCCGGGCGUCAUCACAGCUCAUGUGACCAUUUAAACUUUGGAAAAAAACACUACAUGAUGGUUUGCCCUGAAGAUCAACUUGUUUUCUUUGCUAUUCGAGAUUAUGCAAUGAAAAUAUUCUAUCAGAAAUGACAGGAGGCGAUAACAUCUGACGGUCCCUGCAAGUGUGAAGUAAGACACUCUGUCAAAAUGUGAAAGAAUAUACAGUUUCAAGGAAAUCCAUGGGCAGUGGAGUAGCCUAGUGGUUAAACCGUCCGCUCGUCACGCCCAAGACCAAGGUUUGAUUCCCCAUGUAAAAACUUAACUCGCUAACUCAAGGAGAUCCGAUGAAGGGUCAAGGUCAAGGUCAUAUGCAGAGGAAUACUGUUAGAGAUGUUUCUAUGGGGAUGGUUACCAUUGUGAUGGUUCUCAUUUCCAUGGUGUGAGAGGUGUUUCCUGGUCAGUCUGAAUUAACAAGUACAUAGAGUGUGAG